GAACGUUCAGAGGUGUGUGUAAGAAGAUUGAUCACUUCCCGGAGGACGCGGACUAUGAAGCAGACGCUGCUGAGUACCUCCUCCGUGCUGUGCGUGCCUCCAGUAUCUUCCCCAUCAUGAGCGUGGGGCUGCUGUUCCUGGGGGGGCUCUGUGUGGCCGCCAGUGAGUUCUACCGGAGCCGACACAACGUCAUCCUCAGCGCAGGAAUAUUCUUCGUCUCUGCAGGUCUCAGUAACAUCAUAGGAAUUAUUGUCUACAUCUCAGCAAACUCGGGUGACCCGGGCCAGAGCGACAGCAAAAAGUCCUACUCCUACGGCUGGUCCUUCUACUUCGGCGCCCUCUCCUUCAUCAUGGCGGAGAUGGUGGGCGUGCUUGCCGUGCACAUGUUCAUCGAGAAGCACCGCAAGCAACGGGCCAAAUCCCGCACCGAGCUCAUCAAAAAGUCCACCUUCAGCCGCAUCCCUUCCUAUCGCUACCGCUUCCGGCGUCGCUCCAGCGUUCGCUCUUCCGAGGCCCCCAGCCGCGACACCUCACCUCUGGGGAAGGGCGGCUACACAGGGCCCGCCGCCUCCGAGAUGCCCAUGUACACGCUGAACCCGCGCGAGGCAGGCAACGCCGGCUCCAAACCGGGCAGCGGGAUGGGCGGGCUGCUCAACUCAGAGCGGGAGUUCCUCCAGAGCAGCACGCUCACUAAAGACUACAGCAAGGACCCCAACCGCAGGACCACGCCGGUGUGAGAGGUGCCGGUCGCUGAUAUAUCGCCCAAUCAGAGUAUCAAAGAGAAAGAUGAUGAGAUAUACAGGGGGAGUGCUAGCUAACGCAGGGGACACAGGGUUAGGUUACGCGGGGUGGGUGCGGGGUUUGAUAAACUUUGACUGUGAACUGUGAACUUUUAGCCUUUGAACUGUGAAUCCUGAGCCCUGUGAGAGUUUCAUUGUGUGUAGCAGGGUCGGUUUUGGACGGAGAAGUUGUUCCCGACUGCCACAUAUCACUGUAGUUUUACCUGUAACUCCUUAACAUAUGAAGGCACAUUCAAUUUAUGUCCAUGUUCAUAAAUUGACUUUCUGGCUUUUUUCAAAAAGGGGGAAACUGGGAGGUUUAAUAAUAAGCUUAUCGGAAGUGGUUUGGGGCAACUUCUCCAAAAACAUAAUGUGAACUAAAGCAGUCGGAUGAGUUCAGGGAACAGCCUUAGAGCUCCGAGCUGUCUCUCUGAUUUACCGGUACUAUUUAAAAGUGCGGAAGUUAACACCUCAGGAUCGGGAUCCGUUCAUUUUCAGUUCAGCCCGGACUCAAAACAGUAAUUGAAGAUGCAGUUUGUCCAUUUAUGGCAGCACAUUUGUGGCACUAGUUAUUAUUUUCUAUACAUAUUGUAUAUAUCCUCCUUUCAUAUUGAUUGAUGGAAAAGCUCACUUCAUUGCCGGCUGAACUGAAGGUGAAUUGAGCUCAAUCCUGGUAACAUUGACCCCCAUUUCUCUUAGGGUUUGAUGAAGGGAAACAGCUGUUUGGGGGGGGGGGGAUGUCAGAAAACUAAUGAAUCUCUUUUAGAUGGUAACGUAAGAUCAUUGGUGCUUCCUUUUACCCCAUCUCUUAAUUUAUUUUUUCACCUAAAUCUUAAAGACAUGAUCAAAUAUUUGUCUGUCCGCCUUCCCGUUUCACCUUCCACAUUUUCCUGUGUAGCCCCAUUACUCACCUCACUGCCACCCUUUUCGCACACCUCCUCUCACCCUUCCUCGUCCCUCUUUAGGUUCCGUCUUCCGUUGGUGUCGCUCGUAGUUUAGUCAGGGAGGUUGUAGGUUCAGGGUACUGUGGAGAGGAGACCGCUGAGCUGUGAAAAUGCUUUAAGGCAGAGCCAAAAAGACAUUAAAACAAACAGACGGAAACUUUUUAUUUUUUGUUUGCCCACUACCUCUAGGUGAAUAUCUUACCGAUGAGUUUAAUAUAAAGUUGUCUGUUCUUGCCGGAACAAUUGUCAAAGAUUUAAGCUGCAGGAAUAAGCGCUGAGAAAAUGCUAAAGCACACACAUCUCUCUCUUCUCCAAUUGAGGAUCUGCAGAAAAUGAAUUUGUAUGUGGCGCACAAUUUAAAGAUAAAUAGAUGGAAUUGGCAGAAGUCUCAUGUAUUAUUCAGAGGAUUUGUGCUCCAUCCAUGCAGCUGUCACUCACAGCCUCUCCUCCUCUUUAUCUCGCUUACAUGUGCACACACUGUAGACUGCAAACACACACAAGCCUAUACACACACACACACACACACACGUCUUCUGGCUGGGACUGUCAUAUUUCAAACACCUUUACAGUUUUUACUGUGACAGAUUUUAGAGAAACGUCAAUACUUAUGACAUUUAUUGCUCUCUCUCUGACAUAUAACAGUUUGUGCACUCUCUGUAAACUGUUGGCACCAUUUCAAAUUGAAACCAAGCAGGGAUUUGAAAAAAAAGACUAAAAUAUAUCAUUAAUUAAUUAAAUCUCUAUAAAAAGGCAUUUUGACUGGGAACUGAUCACCCGUUUUCCAAUUAAACAUACUAGAAUACUUGUAUACACGGUAUGAGGCUUUAAAACCAUAUUGUGUUGGUGUACAAAUAACAACGGGUUUUUUACACAAAAUGAUAUGUGUGAUUUGCAUAUGUAUCAGUAUUGCAACAUCCCUUAUUGGCACACAGUCAAUUCUCCAAUGCAUUGGCCAAUAAUUGGUGAUCUAUCACCUAGAAUUAGUAGUCCUGCAACAUAAACAACGACACAAAAUCAAAUACUUGCCACAGUUUUUUACAGAUUUAAUAAACAUAUUACACAUUAAAGCUCUUAUCACAUCACUGAACCACACCUGAUUACACACACACACACACCCACACACACACACACACACACACAUACACAGAUACAAGAGGAGGAGACAACACAGCCAUAAAGAAAAGGAAAGCGCUGCAGGGACAGUUGUGGAGAGAGCAUGAGUAGCUAGUGUAAAUGUAAACAGCAUUUUUGUCAAACUUUUUUCUGGGGCUGUGAGUUAAAAAAAAAGUGAGUGUGAAAAAAUGCAUUUUUGUUUUUCUUCUUUAUACCUCCCUAAGCCACCAUUGCACUGUUUUGUACAAACCAAUCAUGAAACAUCACCAAGCUGAAGCCGUCACGCCACCACUUUGAGAGUUAUUACCCUGAAAAUAAAAGAUGUUUUCAAUCUCAGUCAUACUGUUUAAUUUAUGACACUGCUGUUUUACCCGCUGUCUUUUAACGCCAUAGAGGGAGCCUAAAGGGACAACCGUGCAUCAACACUGACUCGCUCUUGCUGUCCGUUACAUGUAUAUAUCAUUUUGCAAGCUAACUAUAAUAUCAGCAGUUGUUAUGGGCUGUGAAAGAGGAAAAAAUGCUUUCUUCCAAGCAAGGGCUUUUAAUUUUUAAAGGACAGGAGCACACAAGGGCUUUUUAUGCUCAGCGCUGCAGCUGCGUCGUUUGAGGGUGUUAUGUUGAAGGAGAGGCAAAGUACAUUUGCACAGGAACAAGCGUUUUAAACCAGCUGAAUAGCUAACUAACGACAUAACACGCUUCAAGCUAGAGAGAAGCAGAGAGAAAAAUAUGUUGCUUCGUUGGCUAACUUUAGGUUAGAUGGGUAACUCUCUGAAAGUAAUUAGAAAUAUUGCCUUAAGCAGAUGGUAGGUUUAAUUAAGAGUUAGCUUAAGGAUGAAACAUAUAUUAGCAACAUAUUGUUAAUCAUAGGCCUACUUGGUGCCAAAUAUUACUCAAAGUGUUUCCUGUAUAUCUUGGCCUCCAGGUUAGCUUUAGCUAAUUUACGCUAUUUUGCAUAGGAUUUCCUGCAGUAUACUGACUCAGCAGUAGUAGCCAUGUAGCUCAGCACAUCGAGGGCCCCUCGGAUCCUGAGGGGGGUCAUCGUUCAGACCCGCAUCCAUGAGCCAUGUCAGCAUUGACCUUUCAAAAUCAUGCAUGCCAUAUCCAUCCGCUUCCAGUGCUUACAUUCGCUCUAUCUAUAAUCAAGUCUCAAACGGCACCCUGACUCUAUCCUCCGUAGGGAAACUGGACUGCUACAUUUAAGACGCCUUACAAGGGUAUGGGCCCGUAAGCCUGUGCUGAGUUUACUCCAAUAGAGCGCAGGGUGCUUUUUGAGACCCCUCUAUCUCUUCUUACCGCCAUACAGCUUUGAUACUCUGAUAUCAACAACAAAUAAUUGUAUUAUUAGUAAAAAAAAAAAUUCUAUUCUAAAGGUGCCACUGUGCAGAGGAUGAAGGACUCUGUCACAUAUUAUAGUUAUUAAUCUAUUAAUGGGAAGGGGCGGGUUUGUUGAUCGAAAGGGAGCAGAGUUGUGAAGCAGGGGAUUGUAGUCUUUGUAAUAUUAUAUUAUUCUAGUUUCAUUUUCUACUCUUAAUGUGGUUUGUGAGAUUGUGUUUGUUUCGAUCACAUCUGAAGCCUCUGACCGGAGGAGAGGAAGAGACAGUGAAGCGCUCGGACGAUCUCUCGUGGACAUUAAACCUCACCUCACCGGGGCCAGAGGUCCACCUUAUCAGCGGGACACUCAGCAAUGAAAGUGCAAUACACACAACACACACUCACACACACACACACACACACACACACUCACACACACACACACACUCACACACAUGCAUUCAGGUUACUGUACUUUUGAGGACUUGUUGACCCAAUGCACUGCAGGGAAAAGUUGUUGGAUACAGAAAAUAAUGCAAUCCAAUGAAGCAGUCUGUAAAGAUAAAUACUUUUAUGAGAUUUAAAAUAAUGUAGUUGGUUUAAGGCUGACAGUUUAGAUUUCAAAGAAGUAUUAUGUUUGCAGGAUUGCCAUGUUGAAGGGUAUGACAUUGUACAGGGGGUGCUUUUACUGUUUGACCUCCUUUUUAUUUUUUAACAACAAUUCGAAUGAUUAAAAAUUGUAUUUCAUCUUAACUUUCACUGAGGCGCCAAAAAUAAGUCCUCUAUCCUCCUUGUUCUUAAAGUUAAAGGUAUUCUUCACCCCCAAAAAUGGUCAUUUGUUUAUCAUUUACUCCCCCUGUGAUACAUUCAAUUCCUAAAGGAAACUUUGUAAUUCUCAUAAGAAAAUUCUCAUGUAUUAAAGUAAAGUGAGCCCUGUUUGACAAAAGCAAAACUCCAUCCAAACAUCCGUUUAAAAACUCUAACACAUGUUGUGCAGUAUGAACCAAGUCUCAUUUACACCCUUCCCAAACACAUUCAUUUAACUAAAUGUGUACUAUUUAAGCGUUUCGGUGUAGGAGACUGUUAAUAAAUCAGAUGAUACCUCAA